UUUCAAACAGUCAGGGUCGCAGUGAAUUUUAUUCUCCAUUUUUUGGACAUGAGCUGAUAUCUAAGCAGGAUCGGUUCCUGAUUCGUUCUUCACCAGGGGUAGUAGGGUUUCGUUGAAAUUGCACGAGCGCAAUGGAAGAAGAAAUUCAAAAUCAACCCCAAUCCGAAGUCCAACAUCACGAGUUAGGGCUCGAGCUUCAAUCUCUGACAAAUCAAUCGCUUCCGCCUAAUGCCUAUCCCCAAACCCCUGUUGAAAGCAGGCCACUGCUGUCUGAAGAUAAUGAAGGUGAGGUUGAUGAAGAAGAUGAGAAAGCUAUGCAAAUCAUCUGCAAUGAGCUUCAGGACUUGGUGCUGAGUCAGGCGUAUCACGAUCGUGAGACAAACCCGAGCUUAGAAGAAUCAGGCAAACCUUGCGAUGGAUAUGACGGUUAUGGGUAUGGAUAUGGUGAUCAUAAUGGGUACAAUAUAUAUGGUGAUGAUGAUAUGACCGGAGAUGGGGUUGGGAUUCCAAAUGGGGUUGACGAAGUGUCUUUUGAAGGGGACAAAGCUGGUAGUGGGUGGUUUAAUUCUAGUGUUGGUCAUGGUAAGAAAUUUGUUUUCAACUAUCCUUUGAGACCCGAUGCAGAGGAUUGUGCCUUCUAUAUGAAAACUGGCACCUGCAAAUUUGGAUUCCAAUGCAAGUUCAAUCACCCCAGACGAAAAUCACAGUGGCCUAAAGACAAGGGGAUGCUAAAAGAAAAUAACCCAGAAAGAACAGUGCAGACAGAAUGCAAGUAUUACCUUAGUACGGGUGGCUGCAAAUAUGGGAAAAACUGCAAAUACAAUCAUAGCAGGGAAAAGUUUCAAGUGUCACUGGUUCAGGAGUUUAAUUUCCUUGGCCUGCCAAUGCGAACGGGAGAAAAGGAAUGUCCAUACUAUAUGCGUACUGGCUCAUGCAAGUAUGGAUCAAACUGCAGAUUUCAUCAUCCUGAGCCCACCAUUGUGGCAGGAGAUGACUCUUCUUCUUCUGGAUAUAACAAAGGAAGGUCUGUUUCAAUGCAAGGUACCACCACUCAGUCGAACGUGAGUUCUUGGUCUCAUUCGUCCAGAGCAAUGCAUGAGACAACAUCAUAUGUUCCUCCUAUGAUAUAUCCCCCAACUCCAGGCAUUCCUUCUCCCUCUCCAGAAUGGAAUAGUUAUCAGGCACCCAUCUACCAAGCAUCUGAGAAGAGCCUUCCUACACCUCCUGCAUUUGCCAUGAGCAACUCUGUGUUAGAAAAGUUCAACCCAACUCAUGUUCCACAAUUUUCACAAUCACCUUUGCUUGGUGAAGAUUAUCCAGAAAGACCUGGUCAACCUGAAUGCAGUUACUUCAUAAAAACUGGUGACUGUAAAUAUAAAUCUAAUUGCAAGUUUCAUCAUCCGAAGAAUCAAUUGCCCAGGAUGCAAGCACUUUUUAAUGACAAGGGCCUGCCUCUAAGACCUGAACAAGCAAUUUGCUCAUUUUAUAGUCGAUAUGGAAUUUGCAAGUUUGGACCGGGUUGUAGAUUCGACCAUACCGAUCAUUACAGCCACCCGUCUUCUGCAUGGUCAGAUUUUGAUCAGCCUCAAUUUGGUAGGUCUGAGGCUGUGGAUGGGGAUAGGGUGGGAGUGAGGAAAGGAAAUGGAAGCGGAUCUUUAGUAAAACAGUCUGUGUAAGUUUCAGUAGUUUCCGCCCACAUGCUGUGUGUGUGAUGAUCUACUUUGACUUACAGGAGUGUUUUUACUUGAAACACCAAGUGCCGGGGUAUCCUCGUGAAAUUUCAGCACACACCAUCUUCAAGAUGCCUAAGCCAGGAAUAUGAUUUUGUAAAUUACACAGCACUGUUGUGUUGCGGUGGUAGAUAUUUCACGUCAUUCGUAGGAAGUUGCUACUCACAAUGGCUUUUAAUUUAUUUAUUUAUUUAUGUGCUUACAAAUAUUUUCAAGUAUCCUUGAAUUUUGCCAUUUUGGUAUUGCUGCUUAGCAUUCCGUCAUUCAUGUCCCAGUCCUACUCUCCUGAACCAUACGAAUUAUCAGGUUGUCUUUGAUAGAUCCUUUCUAAACCAACGACACUGGUGGGAGGUCUCCUGAUUUAGUCUUAUCUUUUGUAAUAAAAUAUGAGGCAACACCAAAAAUCUAUUUAGCAUAGCUCAUUUUCCACAUUACUUUCAAGCACAGCUUCCACGCCUGGUUAGUUCUCUGUAUUGAAUAAUUUGAGGAGUGAACCAGAACUGGUACCCACCUGCAGCCUCUGCAGACUGCAGGGGCGGUUCCAAGUGUUUUUGUUCAGUGUGACCCCAAUUCAAAAAAACAUAAUCAAUAAAUAAAAACAUUGCCAGUGAUAUAUUCAUGUGCCUCCUUCAAAAUGGACCAGCUAUGGUUUUGAACUUUUGACCAGGAUGGUUAGAAUUGUUUUUUAAACUAUGCUACAAAACAAGACCGGAGCUCAUUUUGCAAUUGGACAGAUGCUUUUUUGGGGCCUGAACCAGUGCUGAUACAAAAUUUCUGGUCCCGAUUCCAUAUAGGAAGGAGAGCUGGAGAGAUCGGCAAUGACUGAUGAUGGAGGGUGAAUGCUAGGCCUAGGAGGGAUUGAGGGUGAAGACCUCAAAGUUGACUUUUUUAUCCCAUGAAUGCAAUUAGCAUAAGACAGAUUUAGAGCCGGUUUGACAAUACCUAAAUUGGUUGUGUUGGUCGAUUCUGUUGAAAUUUAUGAUGUUUGACUGAAGUUGUUGGAUUGGUUGAUUCUGCUAAUUUAUGAAAAAAUAGUUAAAAUGAUCUUCUGCAGUAACUUCAGCCAAAACAAUCAAAAAAGUAACUGCAACCUUAUUUUUCUUAUUACUAUCAUAUUA